CAGAAUGCCGCGGGUUGUCGCACGGGCAGGGGCCUGCCUCGCCGAUUCCGUGCCGAGCGGUCGCAGUUCGAACGGUGUCUGUUAAAAGUGUAAAUAUCGAACGCGAGAGAGUGAGGGAAAGGUAAAACAAGAAAAUUAAUAUAGUGGAAUGCAUAUCCGGUGAGCUCGAGAUUUCCGUGUUCGGUCAUGAGCGGUGAACGCGAUUGAUGCGGGUGUGUGGUUUCCUGGUGGCGUUUGGUGCUGUUGGUGGUGGAAGCAGUUUCUUGUGGCGGUGGUGGUGCUUCGCGUGCGCCCAGUAUGGAUUCCAGCGCAAGAUGCUGAGCAGGCUGACCAGCUAUGUGAAUGUUGUGCUACGAUCUACGGCUGGCUCUUCUCUGCUUGGUCGCCACGUGUGUUAGCAGGCGGAAUGAACCAGGAGGACGACAUCGUCAUGCGCGGCCGCGGCUGAGCAUGUCGGGCUCGGACGAGCGCCAGGCCCGCUCGGUCGCGCUGGAGAGGGCGUACGUGCACGACGUGUACGAGCAGAUCUCGGCCGCCACCCACCUCCCAGGGGAGGCGCCGCGCGGCCGGGCCUGGCCCAAGGUCAAGCAGUUCCUUGCUGAGCUCGAGCCUGGCUCCCUCGUCUGUGACGUAGGUUGUGGAAACGGGAAGUACCUGGGGGUCAACCCCCUGGUGUUCAAGGUGGGGGUCGACCGGUGCUGCAGUCUGGCCGAAGUGGCGCGGGAGAAGGAACACGAGGUGCUGAUGUGCGACAACCUGUCGCUGCCGUUCCGGGACGAGAGCUUCGACGCGGUGCUGUCGGUGGCCGUGGUUCACCACUUCGCCACCACGGAGCGCCGCGUGGGGGCGCUGCGGGAGCUGGCGCGCGUGCUGCGCAUCGGCGGCCGCCUCAUCAUAUCCGUCUGGGCCAUGGAGCAGCGCCACCGCAAGUUCGAGUCCCAGGACGUGCUGGUGCCGUGGCACCGGCCACAGCAGCUGAGCACGCCCUCGCUGGAGCUGACGUCGACGACGACGACGACGACGUCCGAGGAGGAGGAGGGUCCGCCGCCCUACCACGCCUACACGCAGACCUCUGACAGCGACUCCUGCCGGUCGCACAGGCAGUGUGCCUACUACCCCUUUUUAGCUGCUGUCAUUCAACGAGCCUCAAGUCAUUUCUGGAACCUUACUUUCUCGGAGAUUACCAACUGCUUGGAAGUGUGGUGUGCAGGCUUGCAGCCUCGGCGGCGGGGCAGGACUCGGCACAAGGGGCGCUCCAUCGACCCCGCGGCGCCCAGCUCCUCGCCCAGCUCCUCUAGCCUCUCCAGCCCCAACGAGACCUGCUACAGCUUCGUCCGCAGGGCGCUACAGAAGCUGGCAGGCGGCAAGCGCAGCGGCUCGAGCAGCCGGCCCUGGUUCCUGGACUCGUGGAGUUCGUGCACCAAGGAGUCGCCGGCGGGCACGGGCCAGCGGUGCUGUGAGGAGUGUGGGCAGCCGGACUGUGCGGGGGCGAACAACGACGCCGCGGAGGACAUCCAGGAUCUGCCCAUCGAGCUGCGGCGCCUGGAGGAGGACGGCAGCGGGGGCGGAGGCGGGAACGGCCUGCAGCCGGAGGUGGCGCCCCAGCGGCGGCAGACGCUGGCCUGCGCGCGCCGCCCCCACCUCGCGGCCUCCGGAGCCCUCGCCCACCUGCCGCCACCCCCGCAGCUCAACUACAAGUCCAAGAGCCUCAGCGACAUCCUCACCGUGGGGCAGCGCGGCAUCGUCAGGUCGCGGUCGAGCGUGCCCAGCCUGGCGGCGGGCGACUGCGCGCUGUCGCUGUCGCUGCCCGCGGGCGGCGGGCGGGCCUCCCUGGCCAAGCCGCGUCUCGUCAAGCAGAAGCAGUCGCUGUGCGACGACGAGGCGCGCGAGGAGGCCGAGGAGGGCGAGGACCCCAGCGACCUGCGCGACCUCGUCAAGGCGCUGCCCGAGUUCAAGGUGUCGGCGGGCGGAGUGCGGCGCUGCGGGAACGUGUUCAAGCAGAGCUCGAUGAACGAGGAGCUGAUGAUGUCGACGGAGCGGCUGCGCGAGAAGGAGCGCGUGCGCCAGAACAUCCAGAAGCAGGCGUCGCUCAACGAGGAGCUCAUCUACCGCCGCCACCGCACGCUCGACUCGCUGCGAGACACCUUCUUCUCCACGUCCACCGCCAAGCGCUUCCAGCUGCUCAAGAACGGCCUCACCAGCAAGAUCAAGAGCUCCACCACCGGCAUCGAGAAGGUGGCCGGGUCGUCCUUCAAGAACGGCUUCGUGCGGAUCCUACAAGGCUGGAAGGGCGGCGAAGCGCGGCAGCAGCAGCCGCCGCCGUCCCCCACGCCCGCCUCCGGGUCCUCCUUCGACGCGCUGUCGCCUCGCACGCCGCCCCCGGACUCGAAGAAGAUGGGUGGCGUGAACAACAGCAACUGCUGCGAGGCGUCCAGCCGGCCAGGCGAACGACGGCACUCCAGGGAGGACGGCUCCGACUCGUCCAAAGACUCCAGCCUGCAAAGCGACACCAGCGUCGACUCGGAGGACAGCUUCGCGUCCGUCAUCUAUGUGCCCAAGUCUGACCAGCAGCAGCAGCCGGAGGCGAGCCACAGCACCUCCCCGCUGAGCCUGCAGCAGCAGCAGCAGCAGCUGUCGCCGCCCAAGUCCCCACAGCCCGCCUCCCCCAAGCUGCGGACCGCCUCCGCGUCGACCCCUGCUGCCCCCGCCGUCACACCGGAGGCCGAAGCUGACGCCGAAGCGGAGGCGGAACUCAAGAAGCAGCGCCUGCGGCAGGUGCAGGAGAUGCUCCGGACGCGAAUCACACCUCUGGCGUCGCGAUCAUCAGGCGGGGGCUCGUCGCGGCCCAUGUUCCCGCUGGUGCGGCGAUCGUCGACGGCGGGCACUGGGGCCAGGCCGGAGCCGCUGGCGCGCCCGCUGCCUCGCCUGCUCUCGCUGGAGCUCUUCAACCCUGAGACGGACGACAUGGACAGCGACUCCAGCGGCGUCUCCUCCCCGGACUCCGUGAGCUCCGUCAUCAGCGUCCUCACCGAGGAACCCACCCAGCCGGCAGACGACGCAGCAGGGGCGGUGCGCAGCAGCGCCGACAGUGUGCCCGCCUCCUCCGAGGCGCAUCCCCACCCCCGCACACCGUCGCCGCAGGAGGAGCUGGCGGCCCCCGUGGCGGCCGCAGGCGCCUCCCCGCCGUCGCUGAGCCUGCUGGAGGCGGCGGCGGACGUGGCCAGCUCGCUGGAAGACGCGGUCGACGCCGUCAUCCAGUCUAGCCCGCGCGCGCGCCGCCGCAAGCUCGACGACCCGCUGGCGCUGAUCCACGGCUGGGGCGGCGGCGGCGACGAGAGCUGCCGGCAGCACCUGGCGGACUUCGCGGAGAAGCUGAGCGAGAAGCUGCUCGAGGAGAUCGACCAGUACCGCGCCGAACGCAGCCGACCCGCGUCUCCACCCCCGCCGCUACCCCCGCGUCCGGGCUCUCCGCCCCCGCCGCCGCCCCCGGUAGAGGCGUUCCUGCCCCCUGGCGCGGCCGCCUACAGGGACGACCCCUACCUGUCGCGGCUCAGUGAGGAGCUGCACGACCUCAGCCGGCUCAGCGAAGAGUUACACGAGCGCAACUCCUUCAUCGCCAGCCUCAACGAGAGCUCCGACCGGAGGAUCCUCGAAGAUCUGAAGAACUUCAGCUGGGAGGCGGGCAGGCGGCACCGCUCCACCCUCGGCGAGACCGUGACACUGGCGGGCACCCCGGAGACCGACGGGCGGCGAGAGGGCGCCGCGCCGGAAACGGAGACCCGGCGCCGUGACGGCGGGCCCGUCUCCGAGGACGUGGCGCUCGAGUCCUACUCGAGACAGACGAGCGCCGACCUGACGGACGAGCUGGAGGACGAGGAGGAGGAAGCGUCCCCGCCUCCGCCGCAGCACCCGCCCCCUCCGCCGCCGCCGCCCCCGCAGUUGCGCUCCGGCCUCUCUCUCGAGUCGAGCAGCGACGCGAGUGACGGGCUGCCCACGGCGAGCACCGCGUCGCUCAGUGACGGCAGCGGGGGCAGGGGGCGUGUCGGGGGCGCGUCUUCGUCCGAGGAGGCGCUGCCGCCCCCGCCGGUGCCGCCGCCUCCGCCGCCGGCCGCACAACAGCCGCCCCCGCGAACCGGCCGCCACCGGACUGCCGAGCCCCCGGAAGACCUCCCGAAGACGGAGUCUUGCGCCUCGUCGCUGAGCGGCUCGACGUCGCAAGAGUCGCUGCCGUCGGACGGCGGGGGCGCCAUCACCUUCCACCGCUACUACCACGUGUUCCGCGAGGGCGAGUUGGACCAGCUCAUCGAGCGAUACGUCGAAAACUUGCACAUCAUCUCGUCCUAUUACGACCACGCCAACUGGUGUGUAGUGGCGGAGAAGGUCCAGGUGUGGACUAUCUGACUUGAGUGGGUCCGUUUUGCAGGGGAGGGAGACGGAUCGAUAUCGCCGAGACGUCGGUGCUCCGCACAGUGGCCUUCCUCGUUCCGUCAGCUCGAGCGGGCGACGGCGACCUUCGGUAGUCGUUUGGCCUCUCGUAGGUGCUACCUGUGAAGGAGUACAGUGUACAAUUACGAAUAUGUGUCAGAGAUAUUGCCGACCUCACCUAUUCGGACAGAUCUGAAUCUCAUUUGGCAGCAGUCAGAUAAUCUCGGUGUAUACUUGCUGUGUAGCCUGAAUCGGCCUUUCGCCAGUCACUAGCCCUCCUGAUCAAACGUGGGAGAAAGCUAACAGUUCUUAGAACACGAGCCAAUAAUCCAAUUGUUUCUGUAAAUGAAUCGUAUCCUUCCAUCCACAACGUGCACAAUACUCAUAUCUCACUUUCAUCCUGAUUUUUACAUCUUCUACAGGCACUUAACUAGGCCUGUACAGGUCUCGUGCUUCACUGUAUGUAACGGCACUUCUGCUGGAAAACCACGUGAAACUAUUGCUAACCGAUAAUCUCCUCGUCUCAGAUUCUACAGUAUUAUUUGGGAUGCUCACAUUCAGGUAAAUACGGUUAUAUGGCAGCUCGUGUGCCUUUUGAACAUUUCCCCACAUCUCACCUUAGUUUGUGUCAGCCUUCUGAUUUACGCUGACCUGUUUUGAAGAGGGAGAUCAUCAUCGAUUCUCAGAUACGUUAAAUAUAUAUCGACUCCUGUUUUAAAAACGAAUAUAAGGCUGUCGUCCACCACAGCAGUAACUUUCCUAAUCAUCCUAAAAUAAUGCUGUUAACUGCGUAAUGGUUAUUAUGAAAUAUUUUCGAUUUUUCAAAUAUUUGUACUGUUGUAUAAAGUAGGAGAAAAUUGUUUACAGAAGUGAAGCUGUGAGAGAAGAUCAUGAAGUGCACCUGGCUUGCUCAUUCAAAAGAGUAUUACCUGUGAAAGGCAAGCUUUCAAGUUGGUGUACUACCCAGGUAUGCAGUUUUCAUCUGUCAGGAAAUUUCAUCUGUAAUCCUCUCAUCAAUCAUUUUGCAGCAUUCAUAAUCUGAUAACUGUGGCAGAUUGGAGGCCUCAAGAGUUAUAUCACUCUUGAAUUUAUAUGACAUGAACACUAAAAUUACAUUCCCACCCUUCCAUUAUGGAACAUAACAUUAAAUAUUUGCCUCAAGCAUUGAUCGUUUAAAACUGAAAUUUUUAAAGAUACAUAUUCAUAGAAAAGGCACAGCUUCUAAGUUUUAAGUUGAAACUCAGCUCUUUGUAAAAAUGUUUGCUAACAUCGAUCUACCAGAUAAAUCAGAAGGGUAUCCCAGACUCAAAUUCAGAAGCUAGAUAUAUGACAUUCAUGUACAGUACCCUAUUAAUAGAGUUCGUUUGUAUCAUCAGUGAAAAGAAAAGAUCCAGAUUUUGAGACCACAUUUGGAAUACUGUUUAAUCUGUCCAAUGGGUUUCUAGUUUUGAUCAAAUUACUAAUUUUCUGCCUUCCAAAUGCAAUUGAAUAUACUGACUGGUUUCACUCCAGCAGGUUUUGAUAUUCAUGUAUUUCUUUGCUUCUUCUAUGACAUUUUAAAACCAAAAGAUGGUGAAAAUAAAAUAACCUUUCUGGAAAUACAUAUUAAGAUAGGAAUUUAUAGUGUGUACACAGAGGAGACGCCAAAAACUGCUUCACUGUUGUAAUUUUUCCUUUUUCAUUUGAAUGCUUACAUAACUUUAAUUUCAUAAGUUUCAACUAUCAGCUGAUUAUGAUAAGCUUUAAGAGGGAUAAUGCAUUAUAUAGGUAUUGUUAGCCUACAUUCUAGAAGAGCUGAAAUUAGUAAAACUGGACAAUGCUGUGAUUUCUUAAAUCGUGAGAAAAAAGGAAAUGGAUGACAAACAGAAAAGAAAUGUCUCAGAGAAAAACCAUUUGAAUAUGUAGAAUGAAGAAAUUUUAAGACAUCAAGUAUGAAAGUUAUUUAUCUGUGUGUUCUACCAUUAAGAUACAUGAAGUCAAUGAAGAAUGUAACUUAAAGAAGUCGAAAAUUGUUCAUUGAUACAAAGCAAGCAAAGAAUGCUCUGUUACAAGCUACUAAUGGAAAAUGAAUUAAUACAAACAUAAAUGUUAAAAGGAGUGUGUAAAAUUUAUUUUCACUGCCAUUGAAAAUAUUCAUGCUCUGUACCUUAAAUAUAAUAAUUAUAUUCCUUCUUAAAUAUCACUAUAAAUUGUGAAUAUACUAUGUAUGUCUUAUGUGACUGCCUAUUAAGAAGCAAGCAACACAUGUAAUGAGGUUCAAAAUAUUACACUUUAUGUUCAACAGAGUUUAUAGCCAUAUCAGCUUUAACUUAUCUGUAACUAUUUGAGAGCAUAGUGUUACAUGAUUACACAUUUAUUAAAACAUUACAGUUUCCUGAACGUAAUUAUAUUUGUGAAUAAUAGCAACAUUCUUACUCGUUUCUGAAAUUACAGUGGUUUCUUUCAGAAAUAUCUUCACACAUUACAUAACAUUAUAGUUUGUUUAUUUUAUAUAAAUCUUGUUAACCAUAAAUUCACAGUUUUGUCCCACCAGACUGUGAGACUUUUUGAGAUGACUAACUCAAAAUAAUGUUUGAAGGUGUGCUAUUAUGGCAUACAUUAUGGUGUGUUAUUUCUAGUUCUCUAACAUGAAUAAGUUUGAGUCUUCAAAGCCAUUUUUUUUCUCAUUUUUCACAUCAUAAAAAUAAAAUAACUGUAAAUAUGUAUCACAGAGAACAUUAUCUUAUGUAUAACUUAUUUUCUUUCUAUUUUAAAAUUUUUCUCAUUUUGACCAGCCAAACAUCACAGUACUGUACAGACAAAUGUUUGGUAAAGCUGAAACAAACAGCAUAAUUCAGCUGGAAAAGAAAAUUGUUGCUACUAGUAAAAACAUGUAGUGCCAGUAAGGUGAUCAUAAUUUAAAAUAUUUUUAGGAGAAACUCAGGUUUAAGAAGGGCUUCCAUCCUAAAACCAUUUCUUACAAGAAAUAUUUCCUUGGAAUAUUUGUAAAGCACUCUUCAUAGUUUAACAUUUCCAAUAAUUAGAAUGAAAACUCGCUAAGUCAUGAAAUUAUCUUCCAAUGCAGUUAUAUUCAAGAUCAUAUGAUUAACACAAUAUGAAACACAGGCUCUAGAGAGAAAUUAUUGAUAAAUUAAUUUGCAGUGUACUAAUACAAAUAUUAACAUGAAAGUCACAAAUUAAAUGUCAAGCAAUAUUAAAGAGGAAUAAAAAGGCUACACUAAUGAGUACCUCUAUGUUAGUAUUGACACCUCAGGUUGAAUUUUAAAUUGUUUGACCUAGUCUGUGUAUCAGUUCUGAUUAUCACUAUAUUCUGGUGCCACUCAGCAGCUAACUUGUAGUGUUGCGAACUUUCCAGUGAGUGACUUAUUUGUACCAUACACUUUGUUACAUAUCAAAUCUAUGUUUGACUUGUUAAUGAAAAUCAGGACCUAGAAAUACCACAUUAAAUUAUACCAAAAUGCCAUUAGAUUGCAGGGAAUAAGAACCACAAACAGGCUUCCUCACUUUCCAAUUAGCAGGAAAAUGAUGUGUAUGUAGUGAUGUAUAGGUCAAGUUACAAGAAAUGAAAUGUAGUUUUGCAUUAUUCAGGCUUCAAAUGAGAUACAGAUUACACUGAAACUGGCACUAUUUGAUACCCAAUGCUGACUACAGUACUGCUUCCCAUAAUUUAUGAUAAUAUAAAAUCUGAGUGUCAUAGAAUAUGAAGUAAUGACUAAUUGUUACACUACCCAGAUAUAGAUGAAGCAAUGAAAAUAACAUUUUCACAUAAACUGAAAGAUGUCUGUCUUUAAGCAACUGUAAUAUUGUUUUAUAUCAUUUCAAUUCAGAAGAUAACACUAAAAGUGGUGAUGAAGUGAGUUUGAAAACCAUGUCAUGCAGAUCAGACUUACUGCACCAUUGGUCCUCCAUUUUAUUUCUGAACAAAAACUGUUCAUGAGGACUGGAAGAGAGCAGACUAAGAUAGUUGCAAAAAAUAGCGAACUUGUACUAAGAUACAUUGUCCAAUUGAAAGUGAACAGAAGUUGUCUCCAAUUACAAAUUUGACAUUUUCAAGCUUUUGCUUAAGAGUCUGUGAAGCAAUGGCAGUGUGCUGAAGAGAGUACAAUUUGAAAGAAAUCUUAGCAUAUACAUAUAUAUAUACAUAUAUAUAAGUUGUUGAUUAAGAUCUGUUAAAAAUAUUGGUAUACCAAUGUUUCAUUCAUGUAUUUACAUAUUUUACAACACUAUUUUCACUACUUAUAUCUUAGUGAUAUUUUUCAACUUUGUGCAGUGGUACUGCUGGGCUUUAAUUUUGUGUUGAGCUUGUCUUAGUGUAACCUUUUGAAAACAUUACAUAAUGUUUAAAAGACGUUCUGAUAUGCAAAGAUUUUAUGACCAGUAGACUACAUUCAAAUUAUUUCUUUUGUCAAACCAGGGUAGACUUUUAUUUCCCAUUCAUGUACAGAAAAAAUGAGCUUUUUCCAAGGCUCAGUAUUGUCUAAUUAGAUUUACCUUCAUUGUAAAUAUAAACCUACAACAUGCUAUCAAAUGAUUUGCCAUUACUAUAUAGUAAAUGAACCAGUUUGAAGAGUAUUUUCUUCUGUGGCAGUGUUUUGCAUUGUUCAAUGUUUCUUGAACCUGUCAUUUCUGCCAUUUAAAAUUUACAGUGAGAUAUAUUUUUGUAUGUAAUUUUUGACUAAACUUCUUCAGUGAUGGGACUUAAUACUAUGUCAAAUUUAUAUUUAGUUCUAUAUACUUAAGUAUUAGAGACGACAGCACAAGUGUUUCAUUAUAACUCAAGUAUUUCUGAUAUCUACUGUGAUGUUAUGCAGAUAUCCAAAAAAACCAAUGAACUGAAACUAUUUCCUCAUUUACCAGUGUUAAUGUUUAUUGUUUAAUGGUGCUGCACAGAAAUGCAAUCUAAUGUCAGAUGCCCAAACAGGUUUCUCAUUUUUAUAGCCCUCAUUGAUAUCAUUUCCUAAAUAAAGCACCGUGAUUCUUCUAAUGGUGCUGAAAUGGAGAAGUGAUACAAUGUGAGAAAAGAAAAAAAAUGUUGUUAAUAUGUUAUUUGCUUUUCUGAGAAAAGCAACGUAUUUUGAAAGUAUAACAGAAAAUGGGUAGUAAAUGUAUGAGAGAUACUGAAAAAUGUAAAUUAAAAGUGAGAGAGGUACUGAAUAUAAAAUUAACCUUUUUAAGUUUGAGUUGACAAUAUUUCAAUGCACUUAAAAGCCUUUAUAAAAAAAUAUUAUUUCUAAUUUAGACACAGGCAUUGCCUUCCCCACAAGUCAUUAUUUAACUUGCACUUAAUGUGGCACAACUUAUACAAUAUCAGCCUAUAGAAAGGAAAGCAUGCUGAAUCUUAUAAAACAAUUGAGCAGGUUAAAUGUUAUCUUUCUUUACAAUUACAACUUGAUUAACUAUAUUCAUUACUUAAUAUUGUGUAAUACCUGUCAACUAGAAAAUGUUGCAUAUCCUGCUGUUUCUGUUGCAAACUUAAAUUUAUUAUUAAGAUGACAUUUCUUUAUUGUAGAUCAAUUGUUAUGAGAUGGAUUAAACCCUUCCUUUAAGCAAUUUAACUGAUAGAAAUGUAAGCACACAUAAUAAGCUUUUACAUACCUAAUCACAUUUCACUGAAACUCACAUUCAGUGCUCUGACAGCAGUAAACCAUUUUUCUGAAAUAUAUUCCACCAGUAACUAAUUUUAGGGAAAGUUAAGGCUUGCAAACUAUUGUUUAUAUUUGUAAAGCAUAAAAAUAACUGUAUUAAAAUUGUAUAAUGUCUAAA